AUGGGCGCGACAAGGCGAGGAUGGUGGGCUGUUGUUGGCUGUGGUGGCGCUGUUGUUGGCUGUGGUGGCGCUGUUGUUGGCUGUGGUGGCGCUGUUGUUGGCUGUGGUGGCGCUGUUGUUGGCUGUGAAGGGGCUGUUGUUGGCUGUGAUGGGGCUGUUGUUGGCUGUGGUGGCGCUGUUGUUGGUUGUGGUGGCACUGUUGUUGGCUAUGGUGGCGCUGUUUUUGGUUGUGGUGGCGUUGUUGUUGGUUGCGGUGGCGCUAUUCUUGCUGAUAUCAAUUUCUUGGCCAUAGUCGUAGGAUUUGCUGUUAAGGGCAAGGUGCGUCUUAGGGGCCGUGAUAUUGUCAUGUCCUCUGCUAGUUAA